CUUCCUCUUAUCUCUAUUGCAUGCUGUUAUGUGCUUUAGCUCCGGCUAGUCUAGUACUCUGUUUCUCUGUCUGUUGACUCAGCCUGCCAGACAAUGGCAGUCGCCUCUGAAGACACACUCAGUACGACAGUGUAGCUAUUGCUCCCCCUGCUAUUGCUCUGCUAGGACACCCUGACAUGUCAGCCCUGAGACUCGGAUAUAAGAUCUGGAAACGAAACACGCCACUUCUCCUCCCGCUCCCACUGUCUCGGUGAGAAAAGGGAAGCCGGCAUCUCUGCUGUCUAGCUCAGCUGACACUAGGACUCGAGCGGUGGAUAUCAUCUAUACCUGCACAUUAUUCCCAGUCAUUCCCCAGUGGGAACAGGAUCUCCGGAACGUCUGGGAUGUAGACCAGAUGCUUUCCCUGUGAGCUUGUGACGGGAGAAAUGAGGAGGUAGAUUGCGGAGUGUGGCUCAAGGGUGUGAUUAUUGACCUUUUACUUUCCUGCACAUUGUGCCAUCCUCUCAGGUGGGGAUGGAGUCUGAGGAUUCAGAGCUGAGGGAGUGUGAUGACCCUUUCGAGUCAGAAGAGGGCGAUGUGGAGCCGUACCUGGAGCCGCAGAGGAGCAGGGAGCUCAUGGAGAGGCUCAGGGAGCUGGAGGCUGAGAAUUCUGCCCUGGCUCUUGCGAAUGAGAGCCAGAGAGAGGCCUAUGAAAGGUGUCUAGAUGAGGUGGCCAAUCAUGUUGUACAGGCCCUUCUAAAUCAAAAGGACCUACGGGAGGAGUGCAUUAAGCUCAAGAUGCGUGUGUUUGACCUGGAGAGACAGAACAGAACACUGACUGAGCUCUUCGCCCAGAAGUUACAUCCCCAGUCCAUCCCCCUGCCCCAGGUGCCAGUGGUGUCAGUCCAGCAGCCCAGCACAGAGACCCUGACCACGGGCAGUGACAGACUGCUGCUGGCCCAGAGUCAGGGGGAUCUCAAGAGCAAUGGGGACCGCAUUGAGAACAGGACAGCCAGCUCAUCCCGGGCUCCAGUAAACUCCAUGGAGGCCCUGUCUCCGUUCUUCAAGAAGAAAGCACACAUCCUAGAGGCCCUGCGCCAGCUGGAGGAGUCAGACCCACUUAAGUUUCACUCCUCCACCUGCCUGUUCCCCCACCAUGACUUGGGUCAGGCACUGGUCUCCAUGGAGAGAGACCAAAUGUCCCCUGGGGGAUUACUCGCCCCACAGCAGGUUGGAAACCUCUUAUCACGUUGCCGCCACUCCAGCUCUGACUCGGACAUCCAAGAUUACGCCAACGGAGAAGGGGCUGUCCAGGAAGACCAUGCCCGGCAUCUUCAACAACAAAACAAGGGCUGUCAGUCGUGUCGGAUGCUCUCCCAGAAGAGCAGCUUGGACAGCCUUCUGAAGUGUGCCCAGGGCCAUGGUGUCAUGCAGCCAGCCAGAGUCGAGUGCCUAAAUGGCCAGGCCUGGGAAGAGAACCAGGGGGCUUCAGCACAGAGCUCAGGACCUCCCCACGCACCAGCUCUCCCCCACCACCUCUCUACUGACAGCACAACCCAGUGCUACAUGCACAAAACAGCAUUGGAUUCUGUAGAACAUCCUCUAGAAUGUCUGGGUUCUUCCGACUCAUUCUUCUCCUCACUAAUCCAGGCCAACCUCAAUGGGAUGCUAGCGGAUGAGCCCAGAAAGGCACAGAGACACAAAGAAAAGCAUCUGUCCAGCAAACCUCUGCCUCCACCUCGGGCAGAGGUACAGCUCUCUCAGAGUGAAGAUGUUAAGCACAGAGAGGCCAUUACAGCAACGUUGCGGAGCCAGAACGCUGACAGUCCAGAGGAGUGCUGCUACCUGGAAGUAGAGGCGGCAGCAGCACACAAUGUGACCAACAGCUCGCACACCUCCACCUCACGCACAGACAAUAUUGCCUCAGAGACUGACCCAGGGUACCAUGAGGAUCAGGAAGUGAGCAAACAGAACUGCAACGGGCUCUACUUCUCCUCCAGUGAGACAUCUGUCUCAGAGAAGGUGGCGGUGGAGUCAUACUCUCCAGCACCAGUACCUGAUAGGAUCAGCUCAGCUCAGGUCCUGCCCCCGUCUGGAAAGAGCAAGCUUCCGCUCAGCCCUCCCUCUCCCUCCCCAGCCCUGGUUGAAGUGAAGCCCUCCCCUAUCUCCUCUCCAUCCCGGCUACUCAAGUUCCUGAAGAUCCCAACAGGAAUCAACCAGCCACAACCAGGCAACCCCCUCCGUCUAAGUCCCCAGCUCACGCGCAGCUCCAAGAUCCCCUGCAGGAACAACAACAACUAUGAGGUGUACCACUCGCCCAUCCUGAACCGCAAAGCCACCACCAUGGAGAGGGAGAAGCAAUCCUACUCCUCGGCCUCCAAAACAGACCCCUACCCUGCUACGCACUCCGCCCCCACCUCCCCACCCAAGCAAGAGGAGUGCCCUAGCCUCCCUUCCACCGCCAAGGAGAUUGCUUUCAGCAGCCACUCUGCUCCUAAACCCAGCCGCAGCACAAAGGCACACCCCUCCACCUCCUCUCAGGCACACCGGGACUCAGCGAAGGUGCCCCACUAUGAGAAUGUCUGCCCAUCAGAUGGGACGCCUCGGUUUCUGGAAGGUCUUAGGACGUCUCAGUACCUAAUUCAUCCCGAACCCGAGGGGCCUGUAGAGAAGGAACAGCAGCAGGAUGAGAAACUCCUCAGCCCCCCAUCUCCACAGCCCCCUGACUCAUCCCAGGUUAUGGCUGACCAGGAUUUCUCUGACCAAGACACAGACCAGGACACUGACUCAGAGAGCCCUGUCUGGCACAAGUCCCAUCAACACUUCAGCCUCCCAUUGUCUUCAUCCGCCGUCUGUAAAGCGCCCAGUAGACGCCCCAGCUACUCCAGCAUGAGGGACAUGCAGCAGGAGCACAGCACAGCUCUGGAGCUGAGCCCGCAGAACUGUGAACUUGCCCCGCCAACACAGUCUGCUACCAGGCGAGGUGACCCAUCGCCUGGAUCUUCCACCCCCAAGAGACAGGUCAAACCCCAUGGUGAGUCCAGUCACCACCCCUUCAAAGAGCGCCUAGCUGCUUUAGGGAAACUGAAGACCACAGAGGACCUGUCAGGAGGUACACAGUCCAUGGACAAGAAGGAUGCACAAAGUAAGGUUGGUAAACCUCCCACUAACAAUAUUGAGAAGAGCAAGACCGCUGAAAGGCAGAGUGAGAAAACUAGUGCAGAGCAGUACAAAAAUCAGAAAUACACUGACUCCCUGGAUGGGAAACCCUACCCUAAAACUAGCUUUAGCAUUCACCCUAGGGUGCCUGCUGCAAUACAUGAAUCAGGCACCAAAUCAUCAGCUACCUCAUCAUCGAUACCCAAGGAGCAGGAGACAUUGUUUCCUACCCGAAUGUAUGUAGCGAAAGCAGAGGGUCCAAAGAUCAAAAUGGGCACAUCAUCCUCUAACACAGAGACCCCUCCAGUGGUACGGAACUAUGGGAAAUGCCCUAUCACUCAGAGCCACCAGAUUAAAACUGCCCCCAGCCCCCAAAACAGUCCCACUAAAGUCCCGUCAAAGUCACCUUCGAAGGUUGGCCAGGCUUCCUCUUACCCCAGAGGAGUCAAACCUAUUCACGAGGAGCGCGCCCUAGCUCCGAGACACCAGGCUCGGCCAGAGGACAAAGGCAAGGUCAGUACUGGCAAGAAGACCUUCAUCCAUGCAGAGAGCCUUCCACCUCCUCCUCUCCCACCGCGGUCAUCUACAGAAGCCACCGCUAAAGAGGACAAGAAGCCGUAUUCGUCUGGUCCAUCUGUGCCCCACUCAGCCAUCGAGCAGAAGGUCAUGCGCGGUAUUGAGGAGAAUAUGCUGAAGCUGCAGGAGCAGGACCGGGGCCAGGUAGCUGAGCCCAAACAUAAGGCAUCCAACGGCAUCGCCAGCUGGUUUGGCCUGAGGAAGAGUAAGCUUCCCGCCCUCAGCCGCAAACCAGAGGUGUCCAAGCUCAAAAUCAACAUGCCGUCCUCUUCUUCGUUGUCCUCUGCCGCUGGCGGAGUGGCUAGGGACCCUAAGACAGGUGGUCCUCGGAAGGUGGUGGAGAGCCUGAACAUAUCCAAGCUGAUGGAGAAGGCAGAGGACCUUCGGAAGGCGCUGGAAGAGGAGCGGGCAUAUGUAAACGGAGUGGGAAUGGAGCGCUCCGCCAUGGACCCGGCUCAAGGUCAACUGUCCCUCGUGUACAGAGGUGUUACCACAGACAACUUCAUGCAGCAGCUCCUCAACAGUCCCUCGACGUCUUAUUCUGGAAACAGGGUGGAUGAGAGGGGAGCGAUUCCUACCCCCUUUGGAAUGGCACACAGACGCCUCUCCUUUGACUCAAAGAAGUCACAACCCAUCUUUAGUCACCAGAGGAAUGGCAUCAGCCACACCAAGAGCAGGGAUGAGAUGGACCAGGGUUCCGUUUUGAUCGGCAAGGAUGAGGUUGCAUCAGACGAAAGCUUUGCAGAGUCCAUUAGUUCCCAGCACUUUACAGGUUCUGGGGCAUCCAUGCGCACCCUCGACAGUGGCAUUGGCACGUUCCCCAUGCCAGACUACGCAAGCAGUGCAGCAGGGAAGAGCAUCCCCAAGGGGAAGCUGCAGGGUGAGCAAGGGUGUCCUGGCUCCCAGGGGAAACAUGGGGCUAUAAUGAAGGUUCCACGUAAGGCCCGUACACUGGAAAGAGAGCUGUCGUCUCUGGAUGAGGUCAACUCGUCUGUUCUGUAUGGCACAGGGCUGGAAGGAAAGGGGCCCAACAUGCACGUGUCCAACACUAUUCAUGAGGACAUAGAUUCCUAUGGUGCUCAAAUGCAAAAUCCCACCACCAAGAACUGGACCUUUCCCAAUCUGAAAGGUUCUACGGGAGCCAGUGAUGUUUACCUGGACAUGCAGGGAGAGCCAGGCAGCCAAGGGACCCCCUCCAGAAGGAGUUUGAAACAGUGUGCCCCCCAGGGUCUCCCGGCCGCUGAAUCACGCCACCUCCCUCCGCCCGCCCAGACAGGGAUCAGUUGGCGGGGUAAAGGGAGGACACCCAGCACCACAGACACAGGGAAGGACGUAGGCCUGGAGCUGGUGAAGGAAAGAUCAGAGGACAUCCUGUCACCGAGAGAGACGCCCGAUUCCCUCAGCGACUCCCUCUAUGAUAGCCUGUCCUCCUGUGGAAGCCAGGGCUGACCGGCCCAAGGACCCAUAAUGGGGAGUAGAGAGAUACCGUCCAACUGACACCCUUUAAACCGCUACUAAUGAUGCAUCACUCCAAGUAGUGGUGGCCCAGUCCCAGCGGCAGACCGGGGUGAAGCAACUCCUCCCUCUUCCACAACACCCGCACGCAAAGAAACAAACACACACACACCUCUCUCUGAUGUCCAUCUCUGUUACAGGGAUCUGAUUAGUACUGCUGGAUAACUCACUCUCAGGUUGACUCAUGUUCACAUUCAAACACAAACUCAAAAUUGGACACUGUUGUCUUCCCACCGCAACAGUCCUGCAACAGCCCUGCACAGGAUGCCGGCACCAACCAAUGACAGACCAGUUAACUAAACACACGCAAAGAUAGAUACACAGAAGAAAUGCAUGGACUUCACUUUGUUCUAGACAGCCGCACGCCCUCCACGGUCUGGCUCAUUAAAACCCUUGUUAAAUAAUGUACCCUUAGGCCGUCCCCAAGAGAUGACUGGAAUCAGGGGUUUAUCUUGUCCACACCCGAUGUGGACGUCUGUGUUCAUGCCAAAAAAAUGAUUGUGUUAUUUCCCACUUGAAGGGAGUCCCAAUGUGGGGUUCGAACUUAAAUACAAUGUCAUAGACAUCCUUUUUCAGUUUUUAUGUUGUUGUUGUUUUUUUUUUUUAUAAAAAUGUUGUUAACAUGUUACAUGGUAUAUUGUAUAUCAUGUCAUUUUAAGUUAAAGAAAGAGGUGUGUUUGUGUGGGUUUGGAUGUACUGCAGUGUGUGUGUGUAUGUGUGUUUAUACGCUCCGUGUCUUCACAAUAGCUUUGACCAUGUCAGUGAUAUCUUGGCAGGAUGACAGAUGUUGACACUUUCCUUUCUGCUGCCAUGUACUGUAAUGUCUCCCAACCUACUGUAACGCUGGCAGAAAUGUCCUAACAUCAGAAGGCACGUCGGGACAACAGCCAAGAGGUCAUGCGUGUUAGGAACAGUGAAAUGGUUAGUCAUUCCAAUAAGAGUCAAAUGUUUUACAUGUGUUCAGUCCACUGUAAGAUUCGGUUUUACACAGUGAAACAGUUGUGUCAGGAAUAUGGCCAGUGCAAUAGCAUGGGCAGUCUGUGACUGCCACCAUUCAUAAAGAAGUUCUCAGCUGAGCUGCCGUAAAAUACUCAAAAUGAGUUUGACAAGCAGAGAGUCUAAUCAGGUGACAGAAUCCAUGAACUUUAUACCUUUAUGAAGUGUAGCACACUAUUACAUACUUUUAAAAGUGAUUUAUGCUUGAUCUGAUUUGCAUUGUGUUUACCCUGAAUCCUAUCUCUGAACGUCUGGGGAAAUGUCAGCUGUCAAGUGUACUGCUUAAAACGCACCAUGAAAAAAAUGGACAAAGCCAUCGACGAUUUCAUCACAUCUCAGUGACGCUCUCCAUGAUCUUGAAGGGUCAUUUUGGUGUGUCUUCAUCUUGCUACAUGGGGGGGGUUUCCUCCAACACUGCAGGCUAGCUCAAUGCUGCUCACCUAACUGAGUACCACAACUUCAAGGCUCACAGAAGUAAUGUACAGUAAAGUCCCGUCCAGAUUUCCUCUAUUAUUGCAUAUUUUUCUCACUGAAUGGUGUCAGAUCUUAAUACAAACUGCAUUAAAAGCCGAAGAGAAGCCGAGUAAACACAAAAAUCGGAGUUUAAAAUUGAUAGUUGUAUUUAUUUAAAACGGUUAUCCAACACCAGCUGGCCCUGUGUGAUAAAGGGAUUGCACUCCUUACUUACUAACUGCUUGCACCACGUUUAGCAACAACAACUGCAACCAAAUGCUUCCUAUGGUUGGACAUCAGUCUUUCACAUGGCUGUGGAGGAAUCAUGGCCCACACUUCUUUGCAGAAUUGCUGUAAUUCAGUGACAUGGGAGGGUCUUUGAGCUGCUUGAACUGCUCGUUUAAGGUCCUGCCAUAGCAUCUUGACCAAGCCACUUCUCAGUCAUAAUUUAGUAAUUAUUUUUUUGUUGAUGUUCUUACUGUAGGUGGACUUACUCUUGUGUUUAGGAUCAUGGUCCUGCUGCAUAGUCUAAUUAAGCUUCAGCUUCAGAUCAUGUACUGAUGAGCAGACAUUCUCUUCCAGAAUUUUCUGGUAGAGGGCAGAAUUCAUGGUUCCAUGCCCUAAGACAGCAAAGUCUUCCAUGCCUUAAGACAGCAAAGUAUUCCAUGCCCUAAGACAGCAAAGUAUUCCAUGCCCUAAGACAGCAAAGUAUUCCAUGCCCUAAGACAGCAAAGCAUCCCCACAUCAUCACACUACCAUGUUUGGAUGUUUAGGAUGAUGUUCUAAUUGUGAAAUGCUGUGUUUGCUGUACGCUUGUCGGUCAUCAAUGUGCAUUUUGCCAAUGUGAGACAAGCACUAAUGUCUCUCCUAGUUAGCAGUGUGACAAAUAUGCAAUAAUAGAGGAAAUAGAGGGGGCAAAUAAUCAGUGAAACUCUGUGUGGGAUGGUAAUCCGUUCAAGAAUCAGCAAGAAAUUUUUUGGAAUAUAUCCAUGAUUUUUUUUACCACAGAUAGGGCCAUAAUGUUAUUGACUAACGGGAAUCCUGCUUUCUGAAAGCAUUUCCUGCUGUAACACAGCCGAUCUUGAAACUUGAAGUCCUCAUUGAGAUGAGACAUUCUUUAUUCUGCAUUCAAUUGACUGCCAUCUACAGUCUUGUUUCAGUUAGGGUCCAUCUUUACCCUGCCAGUAACAACUAAACCCACAACGUUGUUCUGCUCCUAGAAAAAAAACUCUACUUUCUUGUGUAGCAAUCUAGACCCACUGAAUUUCUUCUGCAAAAUGGGCCAAUGUUGUUCUUGCACCCAAACAGACACACCAUCACAAAAAUGUGCUGUUUUACAAUUAAGACAACAUUUAUUGGUCAGUGCUAUAGAACUGUUAGAAAAGGCAGGGAUCAUUGUUCAGUCACCAUUGCCAUGCAGAUACUUCACUGAUGUUGCCAGUGUUUAUUUAUGAUGUGUAUUUGGACAGGGACAAUGUACAAAAAACACAUUCAUUUUUAAAGUGAGAAUUUAUACGUUGCACCAGCUUUAUUUAAUUUUCGGGGAAGUGAAAAACAUUAUGUAUAAAUGUUACAUACAAAAAGACAACAUGCGUACAUAUCCGACAUUUAAAAAAGGUUACACAUGAAAAUAAUUUCACUGUAUUGCUGUUGGAUCUGAUCUUAAAAAAAAACACCUUUUAUUUAAGUUAAUCUGCUUGUUGUUUCAUGUUGUGGCUGCCCUGUCCAUUGUCAUAUACAUAUUGCUAAAUACUGCAAGGAUGUCAACCUAUAAGCUAAACAAAAUCUAAAUUAAAGCAGGGACACCGGUAAGCAAUACUGUUUUUGUACAGUUAUCUCAGAUUUCUUUUGGUCAACAUAAUAUAAGCUGAGAACAUAGCAGAUCGAGGAACUUUUCUGCAUCGUCAAUCAAACUCCAUUCGCUAUACAUGUAUAGUGGGCCAUAUUUGUUUUGCAACUUGUAUUUAAAUGGCAACCUUUGAAAUAAACACUCAAAAGGACAUGGGCUCCUCCCUACCGGGUGCUUGAUUAUGUCCUCAUAAGCAGUUCCUUCUGUUUCAUAACUCCCCACAAACCCCUUCCCGGAUUGGACAUCCUUGUGCUUCCAAAUGCUUAGCUUUCCUAAAUGUGUGAUCUGUAAAAACUGACAUGGUUUGGAAUUCAUUCCUGUUCUUUAGAAUCUCACUUUGCCUGUUCUGCAGUUCUUGUCCACUCCACCCUCUGAAGGAACAUAAAUAACAACUGUGUUAUUUCAUGGAAAUCUUACUGUAACUGUCUAUAUACACUCCUCUGUGAUCCAUUUGAGUUGAAGUGGUUGUCUUCCAGAAUAUGUACGGCUUUCCUUCCUUUGAACUCCAUCUUGACCAUUGCUCAAUGAAAACAAUUGUUUGACAAGAAGACCAUUCACUCAUUCACAAUAAUCAUCUCAUGACUCAUUGCUUUCUUGGGACAUAUUUAAGAUACAAUAACUUGAAAUACUGUGCUAUAAGUUGCGGCCAAACCACGGCCCACAUGGUUGCGUUUCUAAUUUCACCUGAUAUCUCUCAUAUAGUUCCUAAUAACGCCAAGCUAAAACUUUAUCAUAGUAUAUUCUGUAUUGUUCUGCAACUGACUGGGUUUCCAUAUGGUUAAACUUGUCAUCUGGGCAGAUGCCUCUCUGGGUUGCCCCUCGUACAGUCCAAUAAGGGUCAAGCCCCGCUGAGGGAUUUUAGCCCCACCAUGUACAGUAACCAAGUCGAUGCUGAACAGUGGAUGAAGUGAUGUGGCAUUGAAGCGUUUGCUUUAUGGACUCAUCAUUUCUCUUCUCCUGUCAUUCAAGGUUGUUGCAGCUCAAUCUCUACUUGUUGUAUUUAUUUACUUAUUUAUUUUUUAGGGCAAAUCAUAUUCAAAUUAACUUGUUGAUGGUGUUGAUGUUAUUUCUAUUUGUAUUCUGAUUACCGUUAUUUUUGUACUAUACUCUUCUUAUUUUAUAAUAAUAAAUGAUUUUUUUUUUCUCAUGAGCAAAAUCUGUCUUUUGUGUUGUUCUGUUGCCUAGGGUAUACUAAUUUGAUUACUCUGAUUUUGUGAAUAGUAUUUCAAGUUGUUUUGUACAUAGCAAUUCCACCAGAACUCAAAUUAAGCCAUAAAGCGUAAUGCAUUUUAUAAAGGCAGUAAAAACACAGUGAUAAGGAAUAUGUUAAUUUAUGGCUCUGAACAAAUGCAAGAACCCAACAAAUAAAAAUCUUUCUCUGA